AUGCUAGACCUAGCCGAUACCAUUGACUUUGACAUUGAUGCUGUCAAUAACGUCGAAGAGACGGCGUAUCAGGAAGGCUACCAGCAAGGUUUUGAUCAUGGCGCGCUGCACGGCACUUUCGAAGGGCGCGAGCUUGGACGCAACAAGGGCUUCGAGCUAUGGGAGGAGGUUGGCUUUUAUCGAGGCAUGGCGGAUGUGUGGAGUCAAUGCCUGAGACAGGCCGACGCGGCCGGCCACAGCUCGCGGAAACAGACCAAGCAGAUCCAACACCUAGCUGGUCUAGAGAAACUCAUCUCAUUUUUCCCCAUGACCAAUGCGUCCUCUGAUCCAUCGCUUGACCUCGGGCAAAAAGCUGCUCCGGAUGAGGCUGCCAACGUCGACAUGGACAUGGACGCUGAUGCCGAUGCCGAUGCAUACGCCGAUGCGGAUACAGACACGGACGCGAGUAACGACGACGAGCUAGCCAAGCUCGACAUGUUGACGCUACUUGAGAAGAUCCGGGCCAAGUAUCGACUGACGUGCUCGGUGUUGGGCGUCGCACCACAGCGUCCAGCCUCUUUGGCGCGCAUCGGACAUGCUUCAAGUCAGGGCCAAGGACUGGAUGGCUCCAAGGCUGAUGCCAGGACGGUCCUCGUCGCCGGAAAACUUGUUGACCCGUCCCAGUUGAAAUACUAG